CUCCGCCUCCUCCGCCUCCCUAUAAAACUCAACGGGGCCUCUCGAUCCAAUACCGGCCGCCCUGGGGAUUGAGAAUAUGUUGGGAUCCACGGAGGAUUGGGCGACGAGAUGGACGUCGCCGGCGUUGGAGGAGCUGCUGCCGGAUCUGUCCCGCGAGGAGCAGCUACGAUUGCAGAACGGAUCCCGCGACCGCAAGGGCAAGCUGAAGCGACAUGCCAAGAUGGAGACGGUUUCUCCAUCGCCUCCUAUCCCGCUGCGCACAGAAGAAGUGCGCGACGCCUUCGUGAUUCCCACCGUCCGCGACGCUCUCCGCCAUUAUAAUGCCAGACACCCGGGUGGCGAGUUCGAUUGUGUGAAGCCCCUGAUGCAGGCCCGCGUGGGUUUCAGGGGCCAGGUGUGGUUCCACGUUAACUUCUGGGCUCGCAGCCGCAGCAGCAAUAAGAUCAAGCGCUUCUUCGCUGAGGUGCACUACAAGCCAUCCACCAGAAGCAGCAGCAGCAGCAGCUCCGUCUGCUUGGACCCUAAGCCGAUCCCCAUCGUUGAAAUAUGCACCAUCAUUGAAGAGCCGCUUUGCCAGUACAGGCGUAGCUGUGCAUUUUGUCCCGGCGAUUUCGACAUUCUACACCCUAAGGGGUGCCGUAAGUUUGUUUGUGGAAACGACAAGGACCGGAUAGAACAACGACUCACGCCGUGCAUGGCCGCUGACGUGAUGGGAAUAUUGCUGAUUAUCUCGGGAUUGACAGCGGCGCAUAAUUUUGUGCUGUUUUUAUCAUCACUAUUUUUUAUUACAGUAUAGUUAUAAUAUUGAAAUAAGAAUAAGAUCACUAUUUUCUAUUAGAAUGUGAAGUCUUCAGAAUUUGUUGAGCGAACUGUUGUAGCACUUCGACCACUGAGAUGCUAGUUAUGUGAAUUGCUCUUUGAAUUUUCCAGCU